GUAAAAGUCAGUGUUUCCUCCUUGACUUGUUCUUUUUAGGGUGUGAGUAUACGUACUAAGUGCUUAAAAAGCCAGUAAUCCUCGUUUAACUAUCAUAGACCUGGAAACUCUGCAGGCAUGGCAUUUUCUGCUAUUUACUUUUUGGAUAACAAAGGUCAGGUUCUCAUUUCCCGCAAUUAUCGAGGGAAUGUUACAAUGUCGAUGAUUGAGAAUUUCAUGCCUUUACUUCUAAGCAAAGAGGAGGAUGGAUCCUUAAGCCCAAUUUUGGAGAAAGAUGAUGUCUACUUUUUGUGGAUUAAAUACAAAAAUAUUUACAUGGUAUGUACAAUGAAAAGAAAUACCAACAUUACAUUAUCUUUUGCAUUCCUUUUCAAAGUUAAACAGAUCUUCAUUGAGUACUUUGGAGAUCUUGAACAAGAGAGUAUACAGGACAACUUUAUUCUAAUGUACGAGCUUCUUGAUGAAAUUAUGGACUUUGGUUACCCCCAGAUCACUGAAACAGCCAUAUUGCAGGAAUAUAUUACACAGGAAGGUUACAAAUUGAAGCAGGGAGCACCUAAGCCCCCAGCUGCUGUCACCAAUGCAGUAUCCUGGAGAUCUGAAGGAAUCAAGUAUCGGAGGAAUGAACUUUUCAUGGAUGUCAUUGAAUCUAUUAACUUCCUGGUUAAUGCUCGUGGCUGUGUGGUUCACAGUGAGAUUUUGGGACAGAUUCUGAUAAACUGCUGCUUGAGUGGGAUGCCCGAAGUCACUUUAUGUUUUAACGACAAUGCUCUUUUCAACCAGAACCCAAGAGAAAAUGUGGUGGACUUUGAGGACGUAAAAUUUCAUUCUUGCGUCCGGCUGUCUCGCUUUGAAAAUGAACGUGUCAUCUCCUUCAUCCCACCAGACAAGGAUUUUGAGCUGAUGUCAUAUCGCGUCACCAGUCAAGUCCAACCAUAUCUAUUUGUUGAAGCAAAUGUGCAGAGAUACACACACAGCAGAAUAGAAAUCACAGCAAAGGUUAAAGGAAAAUUCAAAGAGCGUCUGACUGCUACAGAUGUUGCCAUCAUCAUCCCUGUCCCCAGCGAUGCUUCGUCUCCAAAGUUCAGCACAGCUAAAGGUUGCAUAGAAUGGGUACCUGAGGACAGUGUUAUCAUCUGGUCUAUAAAUUCUAUUCAAGGAGGAAAGGAAUUUAUGAUGAAGGCCCAUCUGGGACUGCCGAGUGUCGAGGCAGAAGAACCUGAAGCAAAACCUCCAAUCAGAGUGAAGUUCAAAAUCCAAUACCUAGCAGCAUCGGGAUUGCAGAUCAAAUAUGUACGAAUAAUUGAAAAGUCCACUUAUCAGGCAAUAUCCUGGAUUCGAAGCCUAACAAAAAGUGGAGAUUUCCAAAUUCGGAUUUGAAGUUUACCAUUUCUAAAUUCCACUGUGCAGAGGAUUUUAUCUCUGAACAUUAUUCAUAAGAAUUCAUAAAACAUGAAAUCGGUUGUCUCAAAUUGCAUGAAAUGAUUCACUCAAGGCUGAAGUGUAUAUUCACAAUUCCAGCUGAAGAUGUUUUUUAAAUUUUGGACUGAAACAGGAGUUAAAGAGUAAGGGUAGUCACUUUUAUUAAAAUCAUUUGAAUCCAUUUUAUGCCGUGUGUUUUUAUUUAGAACUAGCCACUAAUACAAUUAGUCUUAUCUGUACAAUAUUAAAUUAUUUUACAGAACCAGAUGCAUUAUUUAGGGUAGUGUUUCUAAGUGUUGCUCUUGCUGUAUGAAUAAAGUUAUUUAAUAAAAACGCAAACCAUUCUA